AUGUCGGGCAGGUCCGUCCGAGCCGAGACCCGGAGCAGGGCGAAAGAUGACAUCAAGCGGGUUAUGGCUGCUAUUGAGAAAGUACGGAAAUGGUAAAAGAGGGGGGAAAAAACAAGUUUGUUACCUAACAUGAGAAAAGCCUUGUCUGUUGGGAAGAAAAGAGAGAGAUAGAAUGAGCGAAAACGAAUGAGCAUGCAAUUGAAAGACGGAUGAUAUCUAAAGGGAAUUUAGGAAAAAUUAUCCACUCAGAUGCGGCAGGCGCACUCGUGGUAUGCACGACCAUGUAUAUCGAGUAGCCUACAAACCGAGAUCCCUAUGAUUUUAGAGAAUUUUCCAUCAAGGUUUAAUGUGGGUUGAACCCAGAAGCCAUUUCGUUGCAUUCACAUGAAGCCAUUCCUUUCUCCUGGCAGCUGUAGUGGCGGAGAGGGAGAGACCCGACUGUUUCAGAACACUGGCAAAUCAUUCAAUAAUACACUUCAGGACUAUACGACUAGUAAGCUCUGGAGUCGCAGUAGUUUUUAGACCAUCUGGAGUUUGAAAUGAUGGCGCUUUGGGUCGCCCUUUAAGUUGAAUAGAUGUUGCGCGGCUGGGAGAGAGAAGGAGUAGGGGUCGUGCAUUGCUGAACACGCAGUCAGUCUCAUUGUUUUUCAAAGCUUAGAAAUACAACUGGAUUUUUAUUUUAUUAUUUCUAAAUUAUUUUUAUGAACUUUAUAUCAAGGCAACCUUUUAUUUUCACCAGUGGAUUUGUUUGAUUCGUUUACUUGAUGAAUUAAAAUUGAGAUUCUUCACCCCCAUGUCCCCAUGAAAUAAUUCUGCUAAAACAAUUGAAAACUUAAUGUUAAAAUACCCGUUGAAUCAAAGUUAUUUAGAUGUUCAAUUGUAAUAGGCCCACAUUUGUAUUGAAUCUGUCUGCUAUUGCAAAAAUGCAUGUACUGUUUUAUUAUUAUAAUGUAAAAAGUCCUCAUUGGUUUCAACCAGGAGUGAUAUGAACUAUGUUAUUCUAUAAAAAAAAGUAUGUGACUGUCUCCAUGUUGUUGUUUAUGUCUGACUGACCUUAGUCUGUAUUGUGUUUUGUGUGAUGCCCUGGUAGAGUUGCUAUCACUAAAGGAACAUUGAAUGGGAAUCGAAGUGAACCCUUUAAUUAUUUCUAAGCCUGUGUGUGUGUGUGUGUGUGUGUGUGUGUGUGUGUGUGUGUCUACCAGGGAGAAGAAAUGGGUGACAGUUGGAGACACAUCCCUGAGGAUCUUCAAGUGGGUUCCAGUGACUGAGCCCAAAACAGCAGAUGACGUACAUAAGACACACCACAGCCUCAUUCAAGUUCAUUGUCUAGUUAUUUUACAGAAUACUCUCAGCAUCUCAAACUCAUGUCACGUCAUUGUGUUGUAUGUAAACAGUAUUUCUGCCCCUGUCUGUUGUCUUGCAGAAGAAGAAGAAGAAGAAGAAGAAGGGGAAGGAUGAGAAGUAUGGGUCAGAAUUGACCACACCAGAGAACAGCUCUUCUCCUGGGAUGAUGGACAUGCAUGGUGGGUAAAGCUCAAUUCAGAGUCCAUAGCCGCGGAACUCUGACGAACGGUCCAUUAUUACAUAUUUACAAACCUUAUUUCAUUGGCUGUUAUCUAGUCGCGGCCAUAUCUCACAGUAAAUCACACGGCUCCGGCUCCGCAGCUUUAAAUUCUGUAGGACGCUUAACGUCCAGUGUGUGGGUCAGUGUGUAUGCCUGUGGACCCAGAAUGGAGUUAAAGGUUAAACAAAUGUAAAACCUUUCUCUGUCUUAUUCCCUCUCUCCUUCUCCCUCUCAGACGACAACAGUAACCAGAGUUCUAUCGCUGAUUCCUCCCCCGUCAAACAGGAAACCAGCAGCAGCACUAGCCCUGCCCCCGAACCAACCGCUGUAUCCCACGGCGACAGCAGUGAGGCCAAGAGCGACCAGAGCCCUGACUGCAAGAGGGGUAAGACACACACCACCACCACCACCACGGGGAAUCACGCUCAAAUGCCCAGCCUGAAAUCCCCUCCUGUUGUGGCCCAUCCAAACACUUUUAAUAGAACUGGAUGGGUGAACCCUGUG